AUGACUCUCCGAAGUUCUAUUUCACGAUGGGUUUUCGUCUCCCUUUUGUCAUCAACGGCGGUCGUCUCUCAGUCCGUUCCCAUUGUUAGCUAUGCUCCGGUUCCCGCCGAAGCCAUACCGCCAACCAUAAAUAGCACCAUUGGAUGGCGUGUUGAAGAAUUUGGGAAGGGCGCCUAUAUGGUGUCUGACAAUCUAUACAACAGUCUCUUUCUUGUAUCGACUAAAGGUGUUAUUGUCGUUGAUGCUCCUCCAACCAUUGGCCACAAUAUGCUCCAUGCCAUUGGGAACACGACUACAGUCCCAAUUACACACCUUAUCUACAGUCAUGCGCACGCCGAUCAUAUUGGGGCGGCUUACUUAUUUGGGAAACAUGUCAAAAUAAUUGCCCAUGAAGAAACGAAAAAGAUUCUCGAAGAUAUAAAAGAUCCAAAGAGACCAGUCCCGGAUAUUGUGUUUGAAGACACAUAUGACCUAUGUGUUGGGAACCAAACUGUGCAGCUGUCAUAUAAAGGAGUGAACCACCAGCGGGGGAACAUCUUUAUACAUGCUCCUAUACAGAAAAUUCUAAUGCUCGUGGACGUAAUCUUCCCUGGAUGGGCCCCCUGGGCCCGUAUCGGAGAAGCUGAAGAUGUCCCUGGAACUCUAAAAGCACACGCCCAAACUUUGGAGUUCGACUUUGAUUAUUUCCUCGGUGGACACCUCGGUCGCUCUGGUCGCAGGAAUGAUGUGGUCCUCGCAACAGAAUAUCUGGAUGAUUUGAAGACAAACUGCGCCAAAGCCAUUGCUCUAACCGGGGAAGCUUCUAAUGAGACCAACCCCAUCUCCUACAAAGAGAUUUCUAGCAAAGUGAACGAAGCUAAUCCUACUAACGCUUGGGCACAAUUUAAAACAAUUAUUGAUGCAGCGGCUUCUUAUUGCUCUAACAUCACGAAUGAGAAAUGGUUAGGAAAGCUGGCAGCAGCAGAUGUAACUGGGUUUGAAAGUGCAUUUUCAAUGGUUCAGUCGCUGAGGAUUGACUUUAACGUGCUAGGCCCUUUUGGCGUGCAACCUUGA